AUGGGAAGUUGGAUAGAUGAUUUUGGGGUGUGGAACAACUGUGGUUUAGGAGAGGAUGUGCAGAGUUGGAAUGCUAGCUUGGUGCAUAAUUUUUAUGAUGUUCUGGAGUCGGCUGCCUUAUCCCAAUUCGGGCACGAUACUGUUACAUGGCUUCCUGAUGUUCAGUCAGGAUAUUCGGUGCACAGCGGGAUGGCUCUGUUCGCGAGUCACCGAAACGGUUUUGCACUCAAUGUUAGCAGUUCUGAAGCACUGGACUUAGUGUGGAACUUUGUUGUUCCGUUCAGCAUAAAAGUGUUUGGAUGGAGAGGAAUUUUAAACCGCUUGCCUUCUAAAGAUCUCCUAAUUCGCAGGGGUAUUAAUCUUCAGCAACAGGAUCGCAAUUGUGUUUUGUGUAAAACUAAAUCAGAAUCAUUAUUCCAUCUUCUGUUCCAUUGUUAUUUGAUUAAGAAAGUCUGGACUGAUUUGGCUAAUUGGACAAGUAUAGAUUUGGAGGUCCCUUUUCAGGUUGCUGACAGUCUACUGUAUUGGUCGCAAGCUUGUGGGGGGGAGAAGGUUAAGAGGAGUAAAAGAUGUUUGAUUUGGCUAGCAGCAACAUGGGUUAUUUAG